AUGGGUCUCGAACUCGAGGUGACGUCGCUCAACCUCCUCUGCACCGCCUUCGGCCUCUUCUUCAUCCCCUAUGGCACCUUUUCGUACCUCAUCAAGGAGCGGCUCUUCCUGGGCGAGGCGCCACUGGCCGUGCUCAUCGGCAUCGGUCUCGGUCCGUAUGGCUUGAGCGGUAUCUUCAACUGGACGUCACCCGAGAUGGAGAUCGACGAGAUCUCGCUCGGUCUCUGUCGAGUGGUCAUCGGUAUUCAGCUGACGCUGGUGGGUGUGCAGCUUCCGUACAAGUACCCGUGGAUCGAAUUGCGGAGUCUCGCGGUGCUGCUCUUGCCAGUCAUGACGACCAUGUGGCUCUCGACGACGCUGUGCAUCUGGCUUGUCGUGCCGUCGCUGCCUUUGCUUGCUGGUCUGGCGAUUGCGACAUCGGCGACCCCCACAGAUCCCGUGCUGUCCAAUGCCAUCGUCAAGGGCGCUUUUGCGGACCAGUACAUCUCGCCGCGCAUUCGCAACCUCCUCUCGGCAGAGAGCGGCGCGAACGAUGGCUUUGGCUACCCGUUCCUCUUCCUCGCCGUCCACCUGAUCAAACGCGGUACCACCAGCGAAGCACUCACCCAGUGGCUCCUCGGCACGUGUCUCUACACCGUCGGUGGCUCCGUCAUUUACGGCAUCGUGGUCGGCUACCUCUGUCGCAAGCUCAUCGAGUUUUCCACCGAUCGCAACCUCAUCGAUAAAGAGAGCUUCUUGCUGUUCGGCGCGGCGAUGGGCGUCUUCAUCAUCGGAUCCGGUGGUGUUUUCCAGAUCGACGAUCUGCUGGCAGCUUUCGUGGCGGGUAACGCGCUUUCCUGGACCGACUUCUACCGCGAACAGUGCGAAGAGUCCGAGGUGGACAACUGCCUGGAUCUGCUGCUCAACCUCAUCUUCUUCAGCUUUCUGGGUGCGACCAUCCCAUGGGACGCAUUUAACGAUCCAGACAACGGAAUUACGCCCGGGAAGCUGGUAUUGAUGUGCAUCCUGGUGCUGCUGUUCAGGAGGCUGCCCGCGAUGCUGGCGUUCUACCGCUACGUGCCGACGCUACACGAUGUGUCGGAGGCGUGCUUCAUCGGGUACUUUGCUCCCAUUGGCGCGGGGGCGCUCUUCUACCUGGGAGUCAUCAUGGACGAAUUCGAGCCCUCGGAUCCGUCCCCCACGGCCCAGCGCAUCCGAGUGCUUGCCAAGCCCAUCACAUACGCUCUCAUCCUCUCAUCCAUCAUCGGACACUCGCUCGCCAUCCCCUUCGUCAAGAUCGCAUUCCAAUACUUUGGCGUCGAGUCGAUCAAGCUCGCGGGCGAGUCGGAAGCGGACGAGGACGACUACAAGGAGCAAGACGAUGGCAGCGAUGCCGAAGGCGAUGGGGACGAUGACGAGUCUCGCCCCAAUGGCCGAGAGGAAGUACUGGCGGAAAGCGACUAUGAGCAAGGCGAGCAUCCGCGGCAUUCGCGACGCAGCUCUCGCGCCGAGACCAGCUCGCAGGCUGAAUCGUACCGCCAUUCGAGCGUUCAUGCACCCGAAAGCCGACGUCGUUCCGGCCAUCGAGAGGAGCCCGACGUGAGCGGCGCGUAUCACUGCGACGGCUCGUGGGAUGACAGCGCUUCAUGGCGCGUAUCGAGCGGUCACAAGCUAGGCCCGCACCAUCAGUUGAGGAGGAACGAACAGACGGGCCAGCUGGAGCUCGAUCCGCUCAUGUAUACGUUGGAGCACGGUGCCCCGGUGCGUGUUCGCAGAGGCGGCGGCGCGGGGAGGAGUCUGAGCCGCACAAGGCCAAGGAGGAGCUCGACGGCUGGCGCAGAGGAUACGCAGGCCUUGUUGGAGGAAGGUCGUCGUGGUCUCAACGGGCAGAGUGCUUCGUAUGGGAGCACGAGCACGAACCCUCGUUAG